AACUUUGUCUAAUUAUAUAUACCCCUCUUUAUAUAUCACUACCUCUAAUUCUCUCUAUUAUUAAUUGUUAUUAUUAUUAUAAUCUUUAUAUAUGGCUCUGACGCUACUACUCCGCAGCUUUGUGCCGAACACCAUCGCCGCCGUUAGGGGGCUGACUUGGCCGAAGCCUAUCUACCUUAGUAGUACCGCCACUAUUGCGAGGCGUGCUGAAUCCAGAAAAGCUCCUAUCACCAAGGGCGGAGGCCAAAGAACUAACGGCGGUGGGGGGAGUAGUGGUAGUGGGAAGGCCGCUGGUGAUACUGAUCAAAACUCUCGCAACAUGAAUAAUAUUGAAGGAUUAGCACCUAACGAUGAUACAAAGAAGAUUAAUACUAGUAACAUUAUAAAUAAGGAUUAGAAGGAGUUAAUCUAUCGCUCUGCCUAUAUAUCAUAUAAAUAUAUGUAAUGGUUUCUUAUUAUUAUGGUUUUCUCUCAUCAAAUAAAGUAUAUUCUACUUUUCAUUAAAAAAAA